GUCACUGCUUUCACCGUAACACCUACAAUGCAUGGGCACUGGAAAUGUCGCUGCUUUCACCGUAACGCCUACAAUACAGGGGCACUGGAUAUGUCACUGUUCUCACCGUAACGUCUACAAUACAGCAGCACUGGAAAUGUGUUGACUGCUGGUGUGACUUCGGGGAAACGAAUGACUGGCAGUAGCACCGUUGGUCAAAGCUCCGUCCCUUCAUCUGCACCUCUGUCCUCAGUCAUGUCGUCACGUGUGCUGCUCCGGCAGCAGCUAAUGCGAGAACAAACCCAGGAGCAGGAGCGACGUGAGGCCCAGCAGCAGGCUUCUGCCUCGCAGCUCCGGGCCUCGGACUCCACUCCUGCCAUCUCUGUCACUCUUCCCCCAAAUGCUGCUCGUCCCCCGCCAGCACAGGUGCCUGUGGAAGUGCUGAAAGUGCAGACUCAUCUGGAGAACCCCACCAGGUACCACAUCCAGCAGGCACAGAGGCAGCAGGUGAAGCAGUACCUCUCCACCACACUGGGCAACAAGGUGGUUACUCAGACCUUGAGUGUGUCUCCUGCACCACAGUCCAGUUCUGCCCCUGAAACUACCCCGGCCGCCAGCAGUGUCCCGAACAGCCCCAUGGCUCUGCUCAACAUCGGCUCCAACAAGGAGGAAGUAAGAGAAAAUCAGAUUGACGACGUGAUCGAUGACAUCAUAAGUCUUGAAUCCAGUUUUAAUGAUGACAUCAUAACGUUGAUUGACUCCGGUCUUCAGUUGCCCAGCACGCUCCCAGGAAAUCUGUUGGAUGUGUACCACAGCCCUGGAAUGGCAACAACUACAAUGACCAUCAGCAACUCGUGCCCUGCUGAUCUUCCAAAUAUUAAAAGGGAAAUUACGGAUGUGGAUGCUAAAGCGCUAAUGAAAGAAAGGCAGAAGAAAGAUAACCAUAACCUCAUUGAAAGGAGGCGGAGGUUCAACAUCAAUGACCGCAUAAAGGAGCUGGGCGGUCUCAUUCCCAAGUCAAGUGACCCAGAAAUGCGUUGGAAUAAAGGCACCAUUCUGAAAGCUUCUGUCGACUACAUCAGGAAGUUACAGAAAGAGCAACAGAGAGCAAAGGACGUCGAGAUGCGACAGAAAAAACUGGAGCAAGCAAACCACACACUCAUGCUGCGCAUCCAGGAACUGGAAAUGCAGGCACGGCUCCAUGGCUUCUCCAACUCCUCCAGCAACUCAUCUGGUGUGAGCUCUGAUCCCUCGCUGCUCCAGCAGCAGGCGCUCUCUCACAGCAGUCAGUCUCUGGCCUCCCCUCAGAACCUCCUCAGUCUUGGAGCACUUGGACGACCUCUGCCUGCCUCCUUCCUUUCCCCUCCGUCGUCAGACUCUGCUGCAGUCACCAUCAGCAGCCCUCUGGACUUGGGCAGCCUGAGCUUCGCAGAACUCGACGACGCGUCGGCCUCGGCGCUCUACCCUGACGUGGGCUUAGGAGACAUUCUAAUGGAUGACGGGUGCACCUUGUCUCCAGAGAGGAUGGCUGACCACGCUGUUUUCUCCCCUCUGUCACCAGGUGCCUCAAAAAGCAGCAGUCCCAGGAGCAGCCUUGACAUGGACGAUGACUUGUAGUGAGCCCUGUGUGGUGAUCAGAGACUGUGUGAGGACAAAAGGAGCUCCUCAUUAGAACAAAACUAGCCAAGAGAACGGAUGUUCUGGGUUUAUUUUUUUUUAUUUUUUUCAAAACAGAAACUAUUAUUAUUAUUAAAUGCAAUCUUAUUCAAGCUAUAUGUUGUAUAUACAUGUAGAAUGAGGUAUGAAGUUAACAUUAAGAAAUGAUACAUUGCGAUAGAAUAAUUUUUAAAAGAUGUUUAACAGGGAUAUAAGGUUUUCUUGAAUUUAUUACAGCACAUCCUGUUUGUUUUUAGAGAAGAAAACUACGACAUGACACCGUUUAACACUUUGUUAAAUGGCUGGAAUCAGGGUUUGUUAAUAGGAGUCACAUACGUGUGGUCUAUGCUUCUUUCACCAGCAGCUACAGAAGGGAUCUUUUUCAAAUGAAUUGGCUCAUUAUGAAAUAUUUCCUGCAUAUUGUGUGUGUAUAUAUAUAUAUAUAUAUAUA